AUGAUGCCAUUAUUAGCGUUUCAGGUGACACAUGUUGAUGCGGAAGUGUUCCGUCGCCUGUACAAACAAUUAUUGGAAGAAACACCACACAUUGAUUGGAACAGUUGGAAGUUCAUUUCCGAUGAAGUGCAAAGAAACUACAACGACCUACCGGAUUUCGACGAGAGCAGAAUGGAUAUACUGGAUCGCUUGGUAGUGGUGAAGCUCAAUGGUGGUCUUGGACGACCCUAA